UACCCUAAAACUUUCUCCAGUGAUACCAAAUAGGAGAGUCUGAGUUUAUCGAAGAUCACCAACUUCUCGCUAUGAUUACAUCAUAUUUUCCAAAAUAUGUGGCGCUAUUUGCCAUCUGUGUCCUAUGUGUGGGUGCAUUGGACACUUUCGUUGCUGCAGUGUAUGAGCACGCUGUCAUAUUGCCAAACAGAACAGAGACACCAGUUUCCAAAGAAGAAGCUUUGCUCCUGAUGAACAAGAACAUAGAUGUUUUGGAGAACGCAGUUAAACUGGCAGCCAGGCAGGGUGCACAUAUCAUUGUUACCCCAGAAGAUGGAAUUUAUGGCUGGGUUUUCACAAGAGAGACCAUUUACCCCUAUCUGGAAGAUAUCCCAGACCCAGAGGUGAACUGGAUUCCAUGUACAGAUCCCCAGAGGUUUGGCUACACCCCAGUGCAACAAAGGCUCAGCUGCCUGGCCAAGGACAACUCCAUCUACGUUGUGGCAAAUAUUGGGGACAAGAAGCCAUGCAAUGCCAGUGACCCUCAGUGUCCCCCCGAUGGCCGUUACCAGUACAACACUGAUGUGGUGUUUGAUUCUGAGGGUAGGCUGGUGGCACGCUACCAUAAGUACAAUCUUUUUGCGCCUGAAAUUCAAUUUGAUUUCCCCAAGGAUUCAGAAUCUGUGACUUUUGAGACUCCUUUUGGGAAGUUUGGCAUUUUCACUUGCUUUGACAUUUUUUCUCACACCCCAGCUGUGGUGGUGGUGGAUGAGUUUCAAGUGGACAGCGUCCUCUACCCGGUGGCGUGGUACAACACGCUGCCCCUUCUGUCGGCUGUUCCCUUCCACUCUGCGUGGGCCAGAGCCAUGAGAGUCAACUUGCUUGCUGCGAAUACCCACAACACCAGCAUGCACAUGACAGGGAGUGGAAUCUACGCACCGGAAGCGGUCAAAGUGUAUCACUAUGACAUGGAAACAGAGAGUGGCCAGCUGAUGCUGUCCGAACUGAAGUCCCGGCCGCGAAGUGAACCCACCUAUCCUGUAGCUGUUGACUGGAGUGCUUAUGCCAGAAGUGUCAAGCCAUUCUUGUCUGAACAGUCAAAUUUUCCGGGGAUGAUUUAUUUUGAUGAGCUCACCUUCAUUGAGCUUAAGAGAAACACAGGAAAUUACACAGUUUGCCAGAAAGACCUGUGCUGUCACUUAACUUACAAGAUGUCGGAGAAACGAACAGAUGAGGUUUACGCACUAGGUGCUUUUGAUGGACUGCACACAGUAGAAGGUCAAUAUUACCUACAGAUAUGCACAUUACUGAAGUGUCAAAUCAGUGACCUGAGAACUUGUGGGGAGCCCGUGGGGUCAGCUUUCACCAAGUUGGAAGAAUUCUCCCUCAGCGGCACAUUUGCAACACGUUAUGUUUUCCCACAGAUCAUUCUCAGUGGAAGUCAGCUUGCUCCUGAAAGGCAUUAUGAGGUCUUGAGAGACGGACGUCUGAGGAGCCGAAGCAGAACCCCUCUGCCUGUCUUAGUUUUGGCCCUGUACGGAAGAGUGUUUGACAAAGACCCUCCGCGCUUGGGGCAAGGACCCCGGAGAUUAGAAUGAUCCCUUUCCACUGGCACACUUUCAGGAUUACCCUGGCAAAGAAAGGGAGAGGGGGAAAAAAAAA